AAAAGCUUGAAAAGAUCAACUUGUGAUGUUGAUUUCACGCGAUCACAUCACAUCAUAUACAAAGUAUCUUUUGUAUGGUAUUUAUUUCAACCGCAAGUCACAAAAACAUACACACAUACAUACAUAUGUGCUUAAAGGCAUGCAUAGAUACAAAUACGUUGUAUAUCUGUGAGCGCACAAACAAAGUGAGGCGCAAAAGCACGGCACUAUACAAAGCAGCAGCCCACAGAACAACGUAUCGCUUCAUAUAGAAUCGCCUCAGUUGGUAUUCAGAGCUGUUUGAGAAUUGUUGUGAAGAUCGGUGAACGCGCAAAUAAAAGGUCUACGAAAAAAAUUCAUACAAAAGCCAAAGGAAAAGAAAACAAUAACAUUAUAGUAGCCAUAAGAUCUAAAUAAACGCACACAAAGUCGAUAAAUUCAUACGAGCUGGCUGAAGAAAUGCUAAACAAACGCAAAUAAAAGCAUUUGAAUGAAUAAACGUAUAUUUAGGUAUGUGUAUCUUCAUACAUAUGUAUAGCAUGUACAUUAUGUAAAGUUAUUUAUGUGAAUGCGAAUAAAACGACCCUAAGAGGCGGUAAAUGAAACAAAUUCAUUCGAAAGCCAAACGCCAGCAGACAGACGAGAAAGAAAAGAGAAAAAAACAAACAAACAGAAAAAUUUAAGGAAAGCUAUCUUGCAGAUGCGGCAAUCGGGUUUAAGAACUGCUGCAGUUUUCUACUUUUUAUUUUAAUUUAAACGCGCUUGCGCUUGUUAAUACCGGUAUUUUAGCGUAAAUGAGAGAAAAUGUAAGCAAAAAUAAGUUGAAGAAUAUAAAAAUAAUACAAAAUAAUCGUAAUGCAAUCGAAGUAUGUAUGCAGAUAUUUCAACUGAAAAUUACAAGUUAUUAAUACACAACGCGGCAUAAAGUAGAACGCAGCGCAGUUGAACAGACGUGUACACCGGAACUUUUAACUUUAACUGUAUGUUAUUACAUAUAAAAAGUAAAGUAAUCAUUAUUGAACAGCAAUUAUUGGAACUCUUUGCUUGACUACAUGAAACACACACUGAGCGAUCACCAGAUCACCAGCGACACGUGCCCUAUGCAUAAUUUAAAUUGCAAACGGUAAACACGAGUUCGACGCGAGUACACAUACUUAUCACUAAAGGUCACGUGAUUGCGGUUAAUUAUUGUUGCAAGUGAAAAGCGGCGCCCAUAAACGCAAUACACAGCUAAUUUUCGAUAGUGUGAAUUUCGCAUAGCAUUUCACUUUCGAUUUUUUUAAUUGAAGAAGCGGUGAUUUUCCAACGUAACCCAAUGUUAAAUUACUAAGGACACAUAAAAAAAGCUAAAAACACGCAUCCCUUUAAUUGAAAAAAUACAAAAGGAAGGAAAAAGUUGUGUACAUAAGAGGGAGUAGAUACUAAAGUGCCAGCAGCAAUAAUACUGUGUGAUAGAAGUAAUAAUAUUGAGACGAAAACAACAAUAACCACAGCUACGACAAACGGGUCAAUCGGUGACUGUAGUGUAAUGGUGAAACCGUUGUUGGAUUACUUUUAUCAAUACGUUUUUGACUGGCUGGAUUAUUGGCGAUUUCAGUGCAGCGGCAAUUGCAGUCGAAACAGCAACAACAACUAUAGCAACAUAUACGAUUUGUGGCGAUCAUUUGCAAGGCAAGCAAUUGUAAUAAGAAUCCUGCACGUCACACCGUAGCCGGAAGGCACAUAAACGCUGCAUAAAUUGCUAAAUUUAAAGUGAACAACGUCAGAAGAGCAUUCAUAAUAAUUAAGAAUUAAGCGAGAGGAGCAAUGACAGCAACGCAAACCACGACUGAAGCUAAUGCAUGAAAGCAAAUUUAGGGAACCAAAUCGAGCAGAGCAAAAAGAAGGUGAAUUUAACACACACAAACACUGAUACUUGCAAAUUUUAAAAAUAGACACAUUCCCGAUAAGCGAAGACCAAAUUAGAGAAAAAUAUAUAAUUAAAGCAACUAAAUAACUGAAAAAUUAAAUAUAGAUUAGCUAAAACUCACCCGAAGCACUGAGAAGUUUAGCAGCGUUUUGAGUCCGAGAAAAAAUUAUAUUGUUGUUUGCAUUUAACUUGCUUGCCACAACUAAGCAUCAAAGAACUGAUAAUCGCCUUGCACUCGUUUUUUCUGUUUCUACCAUUUCUUCUUCUUCUCGUUGCACACAGCACACGUGCCAAAGGACAUUAACCUGCAAAAGUCGACAGAGAAUAUAAGAAAUAAAAUUAUUAUUUAAAAGUAAAUCAGAGCAGCUUUCACACGCAGUCGAAGCAAUUAUCUUAGAAUUUUAAAUUCUCGAACAUUUUUGGCGAACAUUUAAAAGCAGAAAAAAAAUAUUUUCAAUUUCGUUGCGAAAAUUUCGCAUUAAAUAUUUUGGUGUUUGAUCUCGAAGCUCCCGCAACGCGCGCACUGACCUAGCCUAACGCGUACUAACGAUUACAAAAUACACACAAAAUCACACACAGCAAAUACAAUAAAAAAUAGUGCUUUUGUUUCAAAAAAACAAAAAUACAAAAAAAAACAAUACAAAAAAUUACAAAAAAAUAAAUAAAUAAGAAUAAAAAACUUACUAAGCGGCACCAAAUUUGGAAAACAGAAAUCGUUCGUAAAAAUAAAUACUGUGAUUUUGGCAAAAAAAAAGUGUAACUUAAAUAGAAUAUAAAUUAAUUAUUUUCAUAUAAUCCAACGCAUUUGUAACAAAAAAAUACGACUUUUUGCGCUCACGAAUAAUACCGAGAACUUUUUAUUCACCAUAAAAAGCAGAGCAAAGUUACUAAAGAACAAUAAAAAUGGCUUUGCAUGCACACAGCAUCAACACGGUGCGUUCGACCACCAGCUUGAGCAACAUGAUCAACAGCAACAACAAUGAUCUGGCCAACGGCAACAACGAUCGACGUCAUAUUGUUGACAUUCUAGUUGGUGUUGUUGCGGUACCGGUGCUAAUACUUUUUGCCCUGCAGUUGGAAAAGAAUUUACAAAAUAUGACCAACAGCCCGUGGUUGGUAUUUGUACUGGGUGUGGGUCUGCUGAUGGUAAUCAUGAUCAUUAUCGGUUAUGUAACACAUCGCUUGAGCGUCUGCUGUUGGACGGGACCGAUCGAUGAGUUGGGCAAUCGCACGGAUGGACGCGGUAUAUCACAUAUCAACACACAAAAUGAUAUAUUGCGCAUCAUGGACAGCUUGCCGCCCAGUUAUGAUACUGUGGUGAAGCAUGAAAUUCCGCCACCACCCUACGAUUGUGUCAUUGUCAAUAUGGAGCAGUGCAAGGAGCCGCAAGCGCAACAGACUGUGAACACUGUAGCUACUACAAGCAACUCUGCCACGGAGGCUAGUGCCAAACCGUCGUCAGCAACUAACGCAGCUGUGCUACAUAUUUAAGUCGAGUUGCCAGUUCUACAAGUUUUUUUCAAUAUGGCGCUCUUACAGAACGGCUAACAAUUAGCUUUAUGGAGAGAGAAAUCAAAUAGAUCGACACAUUUGCAGCAAAAUUGAAAUAAGCAGACAAUAUAAUAGCAAUAAAUAAAUUUACUAGAUGAGGGAGUUAACCCCAAUGGGCCAAACACCAAAAAGCAUAACGUGGACUGCCAGCAUGUUUUUAAAAUUUCCAAUUGAAUACUUUACAAACUCUUUAUUAAACGCUUUUCAUAACCGUUCAUUUGCACGAAAGGUAGAUUAUUGCUGAGAAAUCUAUACACAUACCCACACACGCCUUUUUGCCUGCUUGUUAACCCUUUCUUAACUUUUAUUGAACUGUGGCCUUUUAAAUGCAAUAUUUUUCCAUCGAACAGAUUUU